CUAUCAUCUGCUUUAGCUUAUAAACACAAAACAAGCUUUAGCACCAAAUCAUUGAUUAUUUUAUUAAUACUAGUACUAAUACAACAUGGCCAGUACUUCUCUAACAGCAUUUCAUUUAUAAUUUUCAUCUUCUCUUCCUUCCUCCAUUAUUAUUUUUGUUUGUUUAUUUGUCAUCAAGAUUAAUGGCUGUGAGACACUCUCCUUUGGUUCCUUUCCUAGUUUGGAAAUCAUCUUCAACAAAAAAGGAAAGGCCUUCAGAAAGAGUGCUGGUGCGUUCAAGCAAUCACAAAUCUUCAAUCAAAUUAGCUAGAGAUACCACUAGUCCUCUUCAGAUCGGAUCACCUUCCAACCAAAAGCUUAAGGUAUUUGAAGAUCAGUCAACGGGCAUAGUUUGUUAUAGAGACGCGAAUGGAGAGAUCACUUGUGAAGGAUAUGAUGAAGGUCCUCGUUUCUGCCAGCAAUUGCCAAGGUUUUCUUCUAAUUCAAGAGAUGAAGAAAUUAUAGAGCUCCUCCAAAGAUGCUGGCUUCAUAUAGCUGAUUCUGCUGAGUUCAAUUAGAUUCUUGUGAAUUCUCAGCUCAUUCUCCUGCUAUAUCACCACUUUCAUACUUCUGACAAUAAAACAGGGAUCGCUUAUUUCAGUGUCGAAGCUUAAUGAGAAUUAAUUUUCCCAUUUCAA